AUGGCAGACCGACCUUUGAGCGCUGAAGAAGCGGAGAGCUUCAUACGGCAUAUCAGGGCGGAUCGGAACGUGGGCUCUGAUGGGAAAAUCAAACAAGACGCCAACACAGGGACCCUGAAGAGGGCUUUGGAGCUGCUUUCACAAUCUCUCUACACAAAGCCCACGCAUUUUCUGCUGGAACUCAUCCAAAACGCGGACGACAACGAAUAUCCCCCCGAUGUAGAACCAUGUCUGUCUGUGGCCUAUCGCGAUAACGGAUAUUUGUUCGUGGCCUGCAACGAGAUGGGGUUCACCAAGGACAAUGUGCGUGCGAUCUGCGAUAUAGGUGGCACUACGAAAAAAAGCAGUGGGCCAAGAAAAGGAUACAUCGGCGAGAAGGGCGUCGGUUUCAAGUCUGUGUUCAAAGUUGCAGACCAAGUAUGGAUCUCUUCCGGACACUUCAAGUUCAAGUUCGACAAAUCACAACCGCUCGGCAUGCUUGUCCCUGUGCUCAGCAGCUUUCUUCCGCGAUCGCCGGUACAUGGGGCCACAAUGUUCGCCUUCCAUAUCCCAGAUCCAAAUGAUCGAAAGGCUGUAAGGGAGUCACUGUUGAGGCUGGAUGCGGAGUUCCUUCUGUUCCUCAACAAAUUGGUCAAGAUCGAGGUUAAAAUGUAUCACCACGACGGGGCCGGACAGCUGCCUUGGUACAGCCGCACGUAUACCUGCGAGGAAGGCGAUCUCGAUGGGUGUUCCAAGUUGAUAGGCAAAAGUUCGAGCUAUCUCCACCGGGAUAUACGGCAGGAGUUCUACUCGACUAGAUUCACUGUCACUGACCUGCCCGCCGAGAACAAGAGGAUAGACGUGGAAGAGACGGACAUUGUCCUGGGUUUUCCAUUAUCUGGACAGACUUCUGCCACCAAUCGCGUCUAUAACUUUCUCCCAGUUCGCUCUUACGGACUUGCGUUUUUACUACAAGCCGACUUUAUCCUUACCACCAACCGUCAAGACAUCGUUCAAGACAACGAAUGGAAUGACCACCUCACCUUUAAUGCCAUCCAAGCUUUCUUAGCAGCUAUCGAAGAGUUCAACGAGUGCGGUGUCUGUAAAUACGAUUGGCCUAGCUUCAUUUAUCACUCACGGGAUCAAAGUGCUCAUGGCACUAUAUUCGAAACCUUCGUCUCCGACCUAUGCGAAGCUCUGAAGGACGUGGAGGUCCUGGAGCAUCAAGAUUAUAAGGACAAGAAUCGCAGAUACGCUGAGCCAUGCUCUCUCGUUUCAGUGCCACAUCGCUUUACCGAUGGGAGCCAGGCCUGCAGACCACUUUUGAAUGACUCGCGCGAUCUGCAGACCUAUGUUUCGCCAAAAUACAAUCACAGCCACCUGCAAAAACUCGGAGUGAGACAGCAGACAACUCGGGAGUUCCGCGAUGCUCUGUAUGAGAGCGGAAAGUUGAAACGGGGCUGGAUCCAAGCACAGACUUCACUUUGGCAUGAACGUCUUGCCAGCGCUAUUUCGGACACCAAUCCUGAGCUGUUUCGGGAUAUACCACUGAUACCUCUGGAAGGCGGUAUUUGGGUCAGUGCGAAUGAUGGGCCACUGUACUUUGCGAAUGCCGACGAUUUGCGAGUCCCCGAGGACAUUGAGGUCAAGACAGUUGAAAAAGCGGCGUGCAGAUCUCCGCAAAGGCAAGAACUGUUUCGAAGGUUUGGGGUUCAAAGCCUUACCGAACAACAGAUCUGUGAACGCAUAGCCCGCUUGCAUGGCUCUGGCUCUUGGCGACGGCGGUCCCACUCUCGCAAGGUCAUGGUGUACCAUGCCUGGAUUCUUCACGAUGACUAUCUCGAAUAUGAUCGUAGCAGCUCGAACUGGAGGCGGUGGCUCGAAUCUGCCGCCGGCAUGGCAAGGUUGCCGCGACUGCUGGAGGCCGGACGUAUCUCUCCAGAAUUCGUUUAUCUCAUUGAGAAGUAUCCGAGCCAGGUCUGGCUGAAUUUGCUCAGACGUAAUUGGGCAUAUUACCAGCACUCUGCCGAAGAGAUGGGCCCAGACCUUGGACGUGUCAAGGUCGAAUGCGUUGGGCAUCACCCUCAUCCCCUGAACCAGACUUACCUCGGAACAGACUUGGUGUUGCAAACCCCCUUCGUCAGUGGCUGUCUGCCAAUUCUAGAUGUUCCAGAUCCUGGGGAUAGCGACUGGCAAAAUUUGCGCAGCAUCGGACUUCGGCUUGCCCCUGACCUAAAACUCUACCUUCGAACGCUGACUGGUGUUGCGCGACAACCUCCAUCGACUUUGACACAGCCCGAUCUCAUUCGGCUGUACAGCGCAGUCGAGAGCCACUACAACGAAGAUCCGGAAGCUGCAAAGCUUCCCUCUGAGACAUCGUUUCGCUGGCUGAAAAUUUCAGAAUGUCGAUGGAGGACCCUCCCAUGCUUGCAAAGCGUCACGGCUAUGAAUGCCCACUUCCCAGGCCUGAGGAAACUCUUCGUUGACAAACUUGGCGUUGCCGCGAAAGCCGACACACGCGACAUCUUGGGCGAGCUACUUUCUUUGCCGGAACCUCCAGUGGGACAACAGCAGCGUGCGAAGACCCUGAUGCUGGCUCUUUCUUCGUGCAAAGAUCUGGAAAGACACCAGAAGUUGUUGCAGAAGCUUUCCGACAAGUCGGUGUUCCCUGUCUUGUGUUCCACCGAAAAAGCUUUUAGACGAGCGAAAAGUAAUGACUGGUUCAUUCCAGACAGUCAGCGCUUACGUGCUUGCUUCCUGAACUGUAUCUGGAUGUUGGAUUUUGAAGUCGACGAGAUUCCCUUGCUGAGUACGCUUCUCGACCAGAUGAACUUGAGCCACCGCUGCUUGUCGACCCAAGUCAACGAGGAGACCAUCACCCAUGGAGCGAAGGUCUUCCAGCCACAGCUGAGCCGAUUUGUGCGCAAGAAAACAGACUAUAUCUUACGACUUCUUCCGCCGAUGGGGAAAGAAGCACUUGCGAGUCACCGACACAAGUUGAAAACUAUCGAGCUUAUGUCGUCAGAAGAGCUUGUCUUACGACGCUCAGUCGAGGUUGAUGGCGAAGUAGUCUACGGAGCGGACGAUAGAGGUAGAGUAAUCCUCAAAGCAGUGGAUGAGCCUAUGAUUUUGUUCUGCUCAGCCGCGGACAUCGCUCAAGGUCAACUACCGUGGCAUUUCAUUGUUGAGCAACUGGCCGACUACUUUGACAUUUCGAAGGACAGACAAAUGAUCCUCAGUUCGAUCCUUCAAAAUGCGGACGCUUCCUACGUCGAGGACAUUCUGGAGCGGGAGAAACUUCUGGACAGCCCAAUAGGUGCUAAUGCUGCUGUGUCAGAAACGAGCGACAGUGAGGAAAGUAGAGACGAAGAAGUCUUGCACGACGCCACCUAUGCACAAGAUCGCUCUCACCACAACACUGCUGGAACUUCAAUGAGUUCAAUAAGGACUUCGCUUGAGGGAUUGGAGAAUGUUACACCCAGAAUUCCCUGGACACCUACUGGAGGCCUGCAGCAGGCGUCCACUCCGGAGCGAGGCGGACAGACCUUUUACAAACCAGUCGACAUCGAUGAGUCAACAAUUGUUGCGUCUGCCCAGGGCUGGGAGCGUGGCGAUAUCCGUAUCCUUGUACCUGACUCUCCAUCAAACUCUGACGUGACUCGGACGGUUCGGCAUUCGUUUGUCGAGGGCAUACAUACUCCCACGAGUAGCAGGUUGAGCAUCCGAUCACCCAAUGGACGUCUACGGUCGUCCAGUAGACAAGACGUCUUCCAGAUGUGCGAUGUAAAGGAUGCAUUACCAGGAGCCUCAACGGCAAGUCUGCCGCAGUCGGACGCUGCCACGUCCAGCGAGCAUGAGAUUGGGUAUGGAGGCGAGCUUUUUGUGUUUACACUUCUGCAACAGGAGAUCCACGCGGACGAGUCGUCCUGGACAAGCAGGAUGAGAUCGCGGCAUGGAUUUUCACCGUUCACGAAACUCGAAGGCGAGCAUUCGGAUUUCACGCUCGACGACCCUGAGAUGGUACGCAACUUCACCACAUGGCUUGUCAGCAGGGGAAUAUCACAGUCACAAGCAAGGCUUGAGAGGGUUGGAUACUAUCAUCUGGAAGUCAAGACGACCUUGGGAGACUUGAAUGAGCCCUUCAUUGUGAGCAACAACCAGAUGAGACUUUGCCGCAAUGCUCACGUUGACCCCGCGCGAGUCUACGUUAUCGUGCGUGUGUAUCAGCUCAAGUCAUCUCCACGUUUCGAGAUCUACAUCGACCCAUGGGCUUUGAUGAUGAAUGGCAAGCUGGACUUUGCAGCUCACGGCGGAUACCUUGUUCGAGGUUAG